AUGUCAAAGCGGAAGAAACGGCUGGUUGACCUCACGCCCGAGGAGAUUAACGAGAUUGUGGCUUUAAGGGGGAAGCUACCGCAAGCGGUGGUGGGGAAACGGUUUGGGAUAGAGCAGACGGACGUGAGCCAGAUUCAGAGGCAGCAGAAGGGGAAGCUCAUGAGAGCUGAUGACAAGGCGCGUCCAUGUUCUCAUACUCCCGCUUCCCCUUUCUCGCCUAAAACUGUGCUCAAAGCUGACUCAAAACUCAUAUUCCCUCUCACGUCCCUGUGUGCUCUCUGGGCAGCUGACAAUGGUGACUUGGGCAGUGUGGUGAAAAAGGUGGUGUUUCAGCUGCAUCCGAGCUUCUCCAACCCCACGCGCAUUGUAGAGCGGCCGCCCUUUAUGCUGUCGGAGAGUGGCUGGGGCGAGUUUGAAAUUGCCAUGACCAUUGUGUUCCAUGCCGAUGCGUCCGAAAUGCCGGCUGAGCUCACACAUCACCUUCGGCUGUACCCAGAAGGCAGCGCCCCCAACCAGCCUCUCAGCACGAAGCGGCCAGUUGUGGCUGAGGAAUACGACGAGCUCGUGUUCUGCGAGCCACAGAUCGCGUUUUUCCAUCGCAUCCGCUCCAACCCCAUGGUACGCAUUCACGGCAGUGAGGAGGCCAUCACCGCCGCUGGGAACCACGCAGCAAUACCUCGAGAUGGCUCCAGUUCGGCCCCUGCAGAUGCACGCAGCUUGGAAUCGGACUUGCGAGGAGAGAAUCGCGGGGACACGCUAGACCAUCCCUUGUCGCAGUGGUUUCUGCAGUUUUCAGAUGAACAAGAACUGACUGCCAUAGCUGCUGCACGGAAGCAGGUUGCCACACUGACGGCCAAGUUAGAAGCCGAAUAUGCCUCACUUGAAUCUGAGUGUCAAGAACUCAAGCAAGGCUCUAGCGUGGAAUGGCAGCCUCCGGCUCAAGACCCUCCCGGAUACGUCAAUCCCUUCGACGAAUCCGCUGCACGGGGAGGAUCUUCUAGCGGAGCGUUUCCGGCUGGAUUGUUCGACGAUGGUAACCGGGUGUUGAAGAUUAAGGAUGCGGAGUUUAUCAUGGCGCCGCUUCACACGGCGUGCGAGACGCUCGCGGCGAAGGUGGUCGAGCCGACGCUGGAUUGCCUUCAGAAGAUGGUUGCCCAUCAGCAUUUGCGGGGAGAGAUGGACGUUGGAGGGACCACGCGUGAAAGCAAGCUGCUGACGCGGGUCAUGGAAUCCGUGUGCAAGUGCUACGAUAUAGCAGACGAAGCAGUGGAGCUACUAGUUUUGAAGACUAUGCUAUCGGCCGUCACAUCCACCUCCCUUCGCGUUCACGGCGAGUGCGUACUUAAAGCUGUCCGCACCUGCUACAAUAUCUACCUCGGUAGUAAGGUCCCCGUUAAUCAGACCACAGCCAAGGCGUCCCUCACGCAAAUGCUCGUUAUAGUGUUUCGGAGGAUGGAAGCGGAUUCGUCGACUGUUCCAGUUCAGCCAAUCGUGGUCGCGGAUCUAAUGGAGCCCUCGGAUAGGCUAGCCUCAGACCAGAACGUAACGCAAUUCGUUCAGUCGUUCAUUACCAAGGUAGUCCAGGAUAUCGAGGUCGCGUUUAACCCGGCGCAUACUCAAUCUCUCGACGAUGGCGCGUUUGACCUCGCGGUAGCACCCAUCAACUCGGCAGCCACCGACGGAAGCCUAGUCGAAGAUAAGGAUAUGCUAGACGUUAAGUACUGGGACGUGAACAUGCUUGCAGGCUCAGUUACCGACCCAGCCAAGACUUUAGGCGGAGACGGGAAAGUAGUAACCGUGAAAGCCGGCGCGACUGCCGCUAUUGGGCUUCCUCCAGGUGCGGUGGCCGCUGUUCCCGUUGGUUCUAGCGCAAAUGGCGGCGGAAAUCCCGCGGGAACCAUGGCGGGCGGCGGAGUGAUUAUUCCUGACGUGGAUCCGGAGAAGGAGGGCGAAUCGGAGGUGAAGAUAACGAACAAGCUGCGGCGCGAUGCGUUCCUGGUGUUCCGCGCACUGUGCAAGCUGUCCAUGAAGGCUCCCCCGGCUGAGGGGGUGGUGGAUCCGUUCGCUGUGCGCGGCAAGGUGGUCUCGCUGGAGCUGCUGAAAAUCUGCCUCGAGAACUCCGGCGCUGUCUUCCGCACUAAUGAGAGGUUCGUGGGCGCAGUGAAGCAGUACCUGUGCCUGUCGCUGCUGAAGAACUGCACCUCCUCCCUCAUGUCCGUCUUCCAGCUCUCCUGCUCCAUCUUCUUCUCCCUCCUCACUCGCUUCCGCUCCGUCCUCAAGGCCGAGAUCGGCGUCUUCUUCCCCAUGAUCGUGCUGCGUGUGCUGGAAAACGUCGCGCACGCCAACUUUCAGCAGAAGAUGAUCGUACUGAGGUUCCUGGAGAGGCUCUGCGUGGACCCGCAGAUUCUGGUGGAUAUCUUUGCCAACUAUGACUGCGACGUGGAGUCGACUGUCAGCAUCUUCGAACGGAUGGUGAGCGGGCUGCUCAAGACAGCACAGGGAGUGCCGCCUGGGGCGGACUCAACACUGAAUGCCGCCCAGGAUCAGCAGCUGCGCCUGGCCGCCAUCAAGUGCAUGGUGGGGGUCCUCCGCUCCAUGGGCUCCUGGACCAACCGCCAGCUCUGUGUCACCGCCGGGCCCAAAGUAGCCGCGGAAAUCGGCGCGGCUGCUGCAGCGGCGGCCGCGUCGGCGGCGGCAACAGCAGCAGCGGCGGCGGCUGCGGCGGCAGCAGGGGAGGGGGGUGUGGCGGCUUCUGUGGCUGUGCCGGAUCUUCUAUCUGGGGACCUGCUGCCGGAUUUUGUGAAUCCCAGGACAGGGGUGUUGCCUGUUGCGAAAUCAGAGGAGGCCUUGGAGGAGGAGGCGCUUGGGGGGUUGCCUGGGGUUGGAGCAAAUUCUGUGGGCAGUGGGAAUGAGAUUUCAGAGGCCGCAAUUCUGGAGCAGAGACGGGCGUAUAAGCUGGAGCUGCAGGAGGGUAUGAACCUGUUCAACAAGAAGCCGAAGAAGGGGAUAGAUUUUCUGAUCAAGGCGAAGAAGCUGGGGGAGAGUGCGGAGGAGAUUGUUGCGUUUCUGCGCAAAACAGAGGGGCUGGAUAAGACGAUGAUUGGCGAUUUUCUAGGGGACAGGGACGACAUGAGCAUCAAGAUCAUGCACGCCUACAUGGACUCGUACAACCUCUCUGGAAUGGAUUUUGACGAGGCCAUUCGGGCGGUGCUGCUGGGGUUCAGGCUGCCAGGCGAGGCGCAGAAGAUUGAUCGAAUCAUGGAGAAGUUUGCUGAGCGCUACUGCCGCUGCAACCCCAAGGCCUUCACCAGCGCCGAUACUGCCUAUGUGCUCGCGUACUCUGUCAUUAUGCUUAACACGGACGCUCAUAACCCGGGCGUCAAGACUAAGAUGAGCAAAGCUGACUUUCUGAAGAACAACCGCGGAAUCGACGACGGCAAAGACAUCCCAGAGGAGUUUCUGGGCGGGCUAUACGACCGCAUCACACGGAACGAGAUCAAGAUGAAGCCGGAGAUCCUGGGGCCAGGAGGAGUGGUGUCGAAGGCUGCAGUGAGCAGUGCGGCGGGCAACGCGCUGCUGGGGCUGGAGAGCAUUCUGAACCUCAUGUCGGGACGCACGAGAGCCACCACUGAGCUGGAGACGAGUGAUGAAGUGGUGAAGCACAUGCAGGAGCAGUUCCGUGCCAAGGCGGGCAAGUCAGGAUCGGUGUUCUAUGCAGCGUCAGACGUGCAGAUCAUCCGUCCCAUGGUGGACGUGGUGUGGGCGCCCAUGCUAGCCGCGUUCUCAGUGCCCCUAGAGACCACAGAGGAGGAGGCUGUCACGGAGCAGUGCCUGGAGGGGUUCCGUUAUGCCGUGCAUGUUACUGCUGUUAUUGGCAUGCAGAUGCAACGAGACGCGUUUGUGACAUCGCUGGCCAAGUUCACGUCACUGCACUCCGCAGCAGACAUCAAGCAGAAGAACGUGGACGCCAUCAAGAGCCUCUUACUAGUGGCAGAGGAUGACGGGAAUUACCUGCAGGACGCGUGGGAGCACGUUCUAACCUGCGUGUCGCGCUACGAGCACCUCCACCUCAUUGGCGAGGGCGCCCCCACCGACUCCCACUUCUUCUCCGCCGCUCCGCAGCUCCCCCCGCUCACCCAGCAGCAGCGCCCUCAGCCCCUGGACCCCCAGGGGAAGAGGGGUGGCGGGAGGGGGGUGGCGGCGUCGGUGUAUGGGGGCGGAGAGGGGCGUGGAGUGGUUGGGGGCGGACAGAGGGAUUCUGGGACGCCGAGGGGGAGUGCAGGGGAUGCUGGGACGCCCAGGGGGCAGGCAAAGAGGUUUGGCGAGGGAGGCGACGCCCCCGCUUGGAAGAAUGUAUCCGGGAAGCUCAACCAGGUGGAGAAGCUGGUGAGGCGAGGGUCAUACGACCCGCAGGGGAUGAUCGUUGGAGGACCCACAGGGGUGGGCGUGGGCGUGUCCCUCUCGCACCUCUCCCCCGACCAGGUGCAGCUGCUGGUGGCUAACCUCGGCCUGCUGGAGCAGGUGGGGUCGGACGAGGUCUCGCGCCUCUUCUCCCGCAGCGAGCGCCUCAACGGGCAGGCGAUAGUGGAGUUUGUGAAAGCCCUCUGCAAGGUGUCGCUGGAGGAGCUGCGCUCGCCCACGGAACCAAGAGUCUUCUCCUUGACGAAAAUUGUCGAGAUUGCCCAUUUCGUGACGGUGGAAUGCAUGCCCAACCUCUCAGUGGCCAUGUAUGCUAUAGACAGCCUGCGCCAGCUCGCCAUGAAGUUCCUGGAGCGAGAGGAGCUGAGCAAUCACAGCUUCCAGAACGACCAUUUCAACAUGAGCCGCAUUCGGCUCGUCUGGUCGCGGAUCUGGGCCGUUCUUGCCGAUUAUUUCGUGACCGUUGGAUGCAUGCCGAACCUCUCAGUGGCCAUGUAUGCCAUUGACAGCCUGCGCCAGCUGGCAAUGAAGUUCCUCGAGCGCAAGGAGCUGAUCAACUACAACUUCCAGAACGACCAUUUCAACAUGAGCCGCAUUCGGCUCGUCUGGUCGCGGAUCUGGGCCGUUCUUGCCGAUUAUUUCGUGACCGUUGGAUGCAUGCCGAACCUCUCAGUGGCCAUGUAUGCCAUUGACAGCCUGCGCCAGCUGGCAAUGAAGUUCCUCGAGCGAGAGGAGCUGAGCAACUACAACUUCCAGAACGAGUUCCUGAAGCCGUUUGUGGUGGUCAUGCGGCGGACGGCGAGUGUGGAGAUCCGGGAGCUGAUUAUUCGCUGCGUGUCGCAAAUGGUGUUUGCGCGCGUGGGGAAUGUGAAAUCCGGAUGGAAAAUCAUGUUCAUGGUGUUCACCACAGCAGCCACGGACGACAACAAGAACAUCGUCCUCCUUGCCUUUGAGACAAUCGAGAAGGUCGUGCGGGAGUACUUCCCCUACAUCACCGAAACCGAAACCACCACCUUCACAGACUGCGUCAACUGCCUCAUCGCCUUUACCAACUCGCGCUUCAAUAAAGACGUCUCCCUUAACGCUAUAGCCUUCCUGCGCUUUUGCGCGCUGAAGCUGGCCGAGGGGGACCUAGGGGCGAGUGCACUGGAGAGGGAGAAGGGGCUGAGCCCCUCUCAGGUGUCGCACCUGCCUGGGCAUCCGGAUGGGGAGGAAUUCACAGAUAAGGACGACCACCUCUACUUCUGGUUCCCGCUCCUCGCUGGCCUGUCCGAGCUGACCUUUGAUCCCCGUCCCGACAUCAGAAAGAGCGCCCUCGAAGUCCUCUUUGACACGCUCCGCUUCCACGGCCACAUGUUCUCCGCCGCCCUCUGGGAGCGCGUCUUCGAGUCCGUCCUCUUCCCCAUCUUUGAUUACGGCGCGCCGCUGUCCCGCCACCCGUCCACGUCAGAAGAUGAGCGGCUCCGGGCGGCACGAAGCGGCAGUCCCGAUCCCGUAUCGGAACUCGAGAUGGAUGCAUGGCUGUAUGAGACUUGCACUCUGGCGCUUCAGCUAGUAGUGGAUCUUUUUGUGAAGUUUUACAGUAAAGUGAGUCCGCUUCUAGGGAAGAUUCUCGCGCUGCUGACGUCGUUCAUCCGCCGGCCGCACCAGAGCCUAGCAGCAAUUGGCGUGGCGGCGUUUGUGCGGCUCAUGAGCAACGCAGGGGGCCUGUUUUCUGAGGAGAAGUGGGAUGAGGUGCUGACAGCACUUAAGGAAACGACAGGGACGACACUCCCUGAUCUGGCUGGGGUGGUGAAGGCUGCAGAUUUGGAGGAUGAGGAGGAGAGGGAGAUGGAGCGGCAGCAGCAGAUUCGGGAGGCCAGGAGGUUUGAUUUCACGAGGGAUGAGGAUGAAGAGGAGCAGAAGCAGCAGCAUCAGCAGCUGGCUGCUGCUGUUGCAGAGGCGGUUGGUGCUGCUGCAGGUGGUGGUGGUGGUGCGGAAGGUGGGGAUGGACGAGAGGAGGGUGGAUUGGAAGUGAAGAGGCCGAUGACGCUGGCAGAAGCUGUGGCGGAUGUGCGGUGCAAGAUAGCAGUGCAGCUGCUGCUCGUGCAGGCAAUGACUGAGAUCUUUAGCAUGCACGGCGCCGCCCUGUCCGCCCCGCACACCCUCAUCCUCCUCGACUCGCUCCACCGAGUCGGCACGCACGCCCACGCCAUCAACUCAGACCGUCUCCUGCGCUCGCGCCUGCAAGCCCUCCACCUGGCCACUCAGAUGCCCGACCCACCGCUGCUGAGGUUAGAGAGUGAGGCGCUGCAUGCGUACCUCAGCCUUCUGCAGCGCCUGCCACGGGAGAAGGCACAGCUGGCCAAGGAGGUGGACGUGGAGCUCCGUCUCGUGAUUCUAUGUGAAGAGGUGCUUCGGGUGUAUGUGGGGACGUCUCAGGGCAAACUAGCACUCAUGACAGAAGACCCAAGAGGUCCAGACGCCCCACCCCUCCCUCCCAUUCCUCUCGCUGUACCUCUCGGCUCGGCUCGGCGCCGGGAGCUGGUGGCUCGGGCGCCGCUGGUGGUGGCCACACUGCAGGCAGUUACCGCAUUGAAGGAUGCAGCGUUCAAGAAGCAUCUGGCGAGGUUCUUCCCGUUGCUGGCUGAUUUGGUGAGCAGCGAGCAUGGAUCGCCAGAGAUUCAGGUUGCUUUGAGCAAGAUGUUUUCGUCGAGGAUUGGGCCAAUCGUGUUUUCCGUAGCAGAGUGA